AUGAUAGGCGACGACCUUUACAAACGCGGAUACGACCAGUCACUUCUCAAAUGCGUCACGGCAGAACAAGCUCAGUACAUAAUUAAAGAAUUACAUGAGGGCAUAUGCGGCUACCAUUCCGGCGCGCGCACCAUGACUACCCGAAUCCUUCUCGCCGGUUACUUCUGGCCAACCAUGGAGGCCAACUGCCCAGAAACAAGAACAUCUUCAUUCUAUACUAUCCCCAUGGACCUUCACAAAACCAACAGACAGGCCGAGGUGGCAAACAAGGUUAUACUAGUGGAGCUACGCAAGCGGUUAAACAACGCCAAAGGCCGAUGGCCAGAAGAACUAGUAGAAGUGUUGUGGGCCUACAUGUGUAACCCUCAAUCAGCAACAAACGAGUCUCCAUUUAGCCUAGUAUACGGCGUAGACGCCAUGAAACCCGUUGAAAUUGGUGAACCAUCCCUACGCUGA